UGUAACUGUACAGUUUGAAACUUUGGUGAGCGAGUAUACCCAGGUACUGCGUAGUGGCGGCAAGCAAGAUUCAGUAAGCAUCCAACAACCUACACAAUGGCGAAAGAUCGCGUUGGCGCUUCUGGAAAGAAAUUCCGUAUGACACUUGGUCUCCCUGUUGGUGCCGUCCUCAACUGCGCCGACAACAGCGGCGCCAAGUCACUAUUCAUCAUCGAGCCUUACGGUUUCGGUGCACGAUUGAACAGAUUGCCUGAUGCAGGUGUUGGCGACAUGGUCGUUGCAUCAGUAAAGAAGGGGAAACCUGAACUGAGGAAAAAAACUAUGCCCGCUGUUGUUGUCCGCCAACGUAAGGCAUGGCGUCGGAGAGAUGGCGUGUUCUUGUACUUCGAGGACAACGCCGGUGUCAUUGUUAACCCCAAGGGUGACAUGAAGGGCUCCGUCAUUGUCGGCCCUGUCGCAAAAGAAUGUGUUGACCUGUGGCCCCGUAUUGCAGCCAAGGCCGGCUCCGUUGUAUGAUAUAGAUAUGGUGCAAUCGCAUUUUUUCAUCGUCUCACAUGUUCAUCAGUAAGUACUGGGCGAGUCACAGCUCGACGUGUGGUAGGACAGCGCUACUAUCAAUGGCCAUCUAUUGCAAAUAGGCCUAGCAAUGCAAUUCUCUAGUUGUGAAUGUUUUCAACUGUGGAUGUUAGUGUGGAAUUCGAAAAGAGAGUCUAUGCGCGC